AUGUGUCAGCCCGAGGGUGGAGUGAUUGUGACGGUUCUUCUCUUUCAGUUGAAUGAGCGCGCCGACCGCGGCCACGAAUGCCGGCUAAUGACGACGUGGGUGCCGCCGCGUUGCUGGGCUAUGUACCGUUGCUCGUGCCCUCCUCCCAAGCCAGACUUCACGUCCCGCGAGUGCGCGCCGCGGUUCGCCAGCUCUAGUGCGGACGCGUUCGCCCAACGCCCCAGCCGGCUGCCCCCCGGGAUCCUGCGCUGCGCCCACGCUGAAGCACACCUGGACGCCACGCCUCACCACCACCGCGACGGGCCGGAUGGCAUGGCGAGCGCGCCGCAGCAGCCGCGCCGGCCUCCGGACGAGGGCGAAGACGAGGAGGAGCGCCAGGCGCCCCCGCGUGGCGGCGCUGGCGUCGCCGGCGGCUGUGGCAGCUGCGAGUGCUGCGAGCUGAAGCGCGAGAUCAAGGAGCUGGAGGGCAAGACCGACUCACUGGGCGCCGAGGUGGUCGACCUGCGCCGACAGCUCGCCACCAAGGAGCAGCAGGUGCUGCGCCUCCAGCGCGAAGUCCACAAGCUCAAGGUAGACGCGCAACUGCCCUCGCUAUUAUUGCUUCAUUCUGGCUUGCCAUAA